CCUCCUCCUCCUCCUCCUCCUCCUCCUGCUCUUUCUCCUCCUCCUCCCCGCGCCGUCGCCGCCGCCGCGGCCAUGUGGGGCUAGCCCCGGGGCCGGCUUCUGCAGCGCGAAGGGCCAACAUGGAGGCUGCCGUUAGUCUCCCGGAUGGCGGAGAGCCCGGCGCCGCCGGGGCCGGGGCUGGGGCCGGGGGCAGCGGCUCGGGGGACGCGACGCCCAUGGACGCCUAUCUGCGCAGCCUGGGCUUGUGCCGGAAACUCAUCGCCAAAGACGGCUCUUGCCUGUUUAGGGCCGUGGCGGAGCAGGUAUUGCAUUCUCAAUCUCGACAUGUUGAAGUCAGGAUGGCCUGUAUACACUAUCUUCGAGAAAAUAGAGAGAAAUUUGAAGCGUUCAUAGAGGGGUCAUUUGAAGAGUAUUUAAAACGCUUGGAAAAUCCACAGGAAUGGGUUGGACAAGUGGAAAUAAGUGCCCUUUCUCUUAUGUACAGGAAAGAUUUUGUAAUUUAUCAGGAACCAAAUGCUGCUCCUUCUCAUGUAACUGAAAAUAACUUUCCUGAAAAGGUAUUAUUGUGUUUUUCAAAUGGAAAUCAUUACGAUAUCGUCUAUCCCAUAAAGUAUAAAGACAGUUCUGCUAUGUGCCAGUCUCUCCUUUAUGAAUUGCUCUACGAGAAGGUAUUUAAUACUGAUGUUAGCAAAAUCCUGAUGGGGCUAGAGCCCUCUGUUGAAGUAGUUGAAGAAAAUAUGGCUAACAGUGAAAUAUCAGAUUCAGAGGAAGAAAGUUGCAAGGGUAAAGCUACCACAGUUAAUGAUAUGAAUGGAUUUAAGUCUCUGUCAGGCAAUCAGCAUCUGAAGAACAAUGGGAACUCUGCUUGCCUUCCUAUGUCGAGGAAAGUCCUCAAGUCACUCAACCCAGCUGUCUACAGAAAUGUAGAAUAUGAGAUUUGGCUACAGUCAAAACAAGCUCAGCAAAAGCGUGAUUAUUCCAUUGCUGCUGGCUUGCAAUAUGCAGUUGGAGAUAAAUGCAGAGUGGGUUUAGAUCACAACGGGAAAUUUCAAAAUACAGAUACUCAAGAACGUUCUGAGAAUGGACCAGUGUUUGUGGAAGAGCUUGGCAUGAAACGUUCUUCCUCACUGAAGAGCGCCAAACCUCUUCAACAGGCAUCUCCUACAGAAGGUUGGAACAUGGUGUCUUCAGGAAAGAAGAUGAAAAAACCUACCGGUGGACAGCAUUUUCAGCCUGACAUAGAUUGCAGAGGGCCAAAGAAUUCAAAUAAGCCAAUAAAAACCCCAUCAACACUACCUCCUCGACUUCAGCAUGUGGGAGCUCGGCAGCAUACAUACUCAUGUCAGUCUUCUGGGUUACAGUCUCAGAUGCCCUCAAAUGAGCACAAGACACAGAGCAGGACUUCUUCACAGAUUCUAAGAAAAGUAGAACGUGAGAGGAUUGAGGAUUCAGACCACGUUGGCAGAGACGGGAGUCAUUUUGGCCUUUCUCCAGAGGAGCGAAGAGAGAGAGAAGCUUUUGAAGAAUCACGUUUAUUGUAUGAAAUUCAGCACAGAGAUGAACAGGCUUUUCCAGCCCUCUCUAGCUCAUCAGUUGGGCAGGCAGCUGUUCAGACCAGUAAUGCUUGUAUGCAGAGAAAACCACAUGGGAGUGAGAGAAAAGGAAGGCGAAGAACAGAUGCAGAGGAACGCAGAGAUAAAGAUUCAAACCCCAGGCAGAUACACUUGGAUCAAAAACUUGAGGCAAGCACACCAGAGUUUCCAAAGAAUACUGAAGAUGAUGAAAAACGUCCACCAGCUUCUUCACCUUUAAAGUCAAAGAAGAUUGAUGGUCCAUCUCCUACUGAACAGAAUCCAGCAGAGCAUGUGUUAUUGGCAAAUCCUGCUCCCCUUCAGGUUCCUUCAGAGGUGCAUCUGCCUCCCACAGUGCCUUCUUUACCAGCCACUGUGCCAGUCUGGCCAAGCGAACCAACAACUUAUGGACCAACAGGUGUUCCUACUCAGAUUCCUGUUUUUUCAGUGACACAGACUUCUGGACCAGAUGCUACUGUGUCACAAGCUCAGUUAACACCUGCCUCUGUGACUCCUGUUCCUAUGUCAAUUCAAGCAGUUAAUCAACCUUUGAUGCCUUUGCCUCAGACAUUGAGCCUUUAUCAAGACCCGCUAUACCCAGGGUUUCCUUUAAAUGAAAAGGGCGAGCAAGCUAUUGCUCCACCUCAUUCCCUCUGUCACAAUGGGGAAGAUCUACCUAAAGAUAAAAACAUUCUGCGGUUCUUCUUCAAUCUUGGUGUGAAGGCAUAUAGCUGUCCUAUGUGGGCCCCACAUUCUUACCUAUACCCUCUGCACCAGGCUUACAUAGCUGCUUGCAGGAUGUACCCAAAGGUUCAAGUUCCCGUGUAUCCUCACAACCUUUGGUUCCCAGAAGCUCCUUCGUCACAGAGUGAAAAUGACUGUGCACGUACAGAUGCACACUUUUCCAUGGCAACUGAAGCAAAUGCUAAUGAUCGUGCAGCACAGACUGAGACUGGGUCUCCAACGUUCUCUUCACCAUUGGUUAUCCCAACAUCUCAGGUGUCGGAAAGCCAAGGACAGAUGCCUUAUCAGGGCGAUAUUGAAUCUGAGAAUUCUGCACAGUUGCUUCAUGCUGAUUAUGAUGAAUCAAUGGGCGGCAAGAACAUAUUUCCACAGCCAUCCUUUGGACCUAAUCCAUUUUUAGGAGCAGUACCCAUUGCACCUCCUUUCUUUCCUCAUUUAUGGUAUGGGUAUCCAUUUCAGGGUUUUAUAGAAAAUCCAGUAAUGAGGCAGAAUGUGGUCCUGCCUCCUGAUGAGAAAGGAACAUUAGAUCACCCUCUGGAAAACCCAGAUCUGUCUAAAGAAUGUAGUUCAAUUUCAGCAGCAGAUCAAUUUCAAGAAGUGAGAGGUGAAGCAACACUCCCCCUCCCUGUUGUCAGUGUAAGCAGUAAGCAUGAUGGCCAGGCUGAGCAGUCACUACCCAGGAUGCCUAAAGGAGAAAAAGCUUUUGCUACUGGUUCUGUAGAAGUGAAGGCUCAUCUUCCUCCUCAAAUGUUAAAUGUAGAAAGAGAAUCUCUGCCAUUAGCUGUAGAACCUGAACUUAUUAAAAGAACCGUAACCAAUCCUAAAGAAAGAGCAGAGAAAGUCAAAGAUUCCAAGACCACUGAUCACUUGGCCAGCCCAAUGGCCAGUUCAGUAGACAGGGUACAGAGAGCAAGGGAAGAGAGUUCUGAGGAUGAAAUUGAAGUGUCCAGUAUUCUGAAGAGUGGCAGAUCCAAACAGUUCUACAAUCAGACAUAUGGAGGCAGGAAGUAUAAUAAAAAUGAUUGGGGUUACACUUCUAGUAGAGGAGGGUACCAGCACCCAAGAAGUGAAGAGUCUUGGAAAGGACAGCCCAACAGAAGCAGGGAAGAAGGUUAUCAAUAUCAUCGAAACUUCAGAGGGCGACCGUAUAGAGGAGAUAGGAGAAGAUCAGGGAUGGGAGAUGGUCACAGGGGACAACACACUUAGAAGUGGUUACUCUGGGAGAGUAUUGGAGUGAGAACCAUUUGCAAAGUGGAAUGGCUUAAUGUUCCCAAAGGCUUGUCUUAUUUUUUA